AUGGGGACAGCAGACGGUGGUGAGGCGGACCCUGGGACCUCACAGCCCACCCACAUCCACGUGCACAUCCACCAGGAGUCAGCUCUGGCCACGCUCCUGAUACGUGGGUGCUUCCUGCUUCGGUCCCCUGCCCCUGGCGCCACCUCCCAGACCUGGGGCAGAAGCCGGCUGCUGGUGGCCUCCUGGGUGAUGCAGAUCAUGCUGGGGGUGUUGAGUGGAGUUCUGGGGGGCUUCCUCCAAAUCUUCUAUGACUGCACCUUGUGUGGCUCAGGAGCUGCCAUCUGGACAGGGGCUGUGGCUGUGCUGGCUGGAGCUGUCGCCUUCAUUUACAAGAAACGGGGUGGCAUCUACUGGGCCUUGCUGAGGACCCUGCUCGCCCUGGCAGCUUUCUCCACGGCCAUUGCCACCAUCGUCACUGGGGCUCGUAAUUUCUAUGAGCACCACUUUUAUUUUAGAGACUAUAUCUGUCAUGUCUCCUCGAUGGCCUGGUCUCAGGCCACCGCGCCCCCUAGCACCCCAAGUCCGGACGAAGCCAGAAGGAUGCACCUGUGCCUCUCCCACCUGAGCAUGCUGAAGGCCCUGUUCAUAAGCUUUCAGGUCAUGCUGUUGGGUGUCUGGGUUCUGCUGCUUCUGGCAUCUCUGGUUCCCCUGUGUCUGUACUGCUGGUGA